AUUUUUAAGUAGGAUAGAUUUAGGUCACAAUGAUUCUAUCGGCCUUUAUAUUAAGUUUGUCAAUCAAAGCGACCUAAGUAAUAGUACCGAAAACAACAUAUCUAUAAAUUUAUUUGAUCCAGAAUAUAAUCCGCGACUUGAAGGUUUUCAUGCAGAUAUAUAUAGCUCAUUUGAUGACUCGCUAAACUCCAUGAAUUAUUAUUAUUUAUCUAAAAGAACAAGAAUGCAUUAUCAACUGAAAUAUUUCCGAGUGAUUAGACACACAAUAAAAAAUACCGCUCUAAGUUACGUUGGCUUUCGACCAGAAUAUGAUACACAGAUAUAUGAUGAAUCAGUAUUAAAUGUUAUUUCAAAUAGCUUACCAUCCAUCUCAAAUGAAGGAUCUUUUGUUUAUGCAAUAAUUGACAUUACUCCCCACAGAAAUUUGUUAUAG